CAUUGGCAGGUGCUCUGGCAUUCCUCCUUUGUCGUAGGUGUCGACGCGGCCUACAUCUUGCACAGUUAAGGUUUAUACUAAUAAAAAAAAUAAGUGAAUAUAAGUAUAUACAGUCGAAUCUCGUUAAGUCAAACUCUCUUAAUUAUAACACUCGGAUAAUUCAAACUAUCCUGCAGGUCCCAUCCUAUGUGUCUCGAUGGGGGGAUACUGCCGAUAAUUCAAACUUUGCUUUAUUCAAACAAAUUUUCGGUCCCCUUUGAGUUUGAUUUAACGUGAUUUGACUGUAAUUAAAGUUCCGUGUUUCCGGAUAUAUCCGAAGAACGCGGAAAACCACCUGUCAGUAAAAUAUUCGUCAUUUCAAAUUCAUCUGAUAAACUCCAUAUUUCGAUGUACCAAGGCCUUUAAAAAAAGAUUGUCUUGAGAAAAUGCCACCCCAGUUAUCUUUCAAACCUCAAACCAUCGACAAAAGGAGUCUUGCUGCUUACCUCGUCAAGGUACAUCAUUACAACAGGUCUUUCGGUUCAUGACAGAACCCACUGUUCCGGUUUAUUUGUGCUUCUUAGAAUAUGGAAAGGUUGCGUUUCUGUAGCAGUGAAAGCUGUGAACCAUAGACAUUUAAUAGAAGGGGGAAGCGGGGCGGCCAGUUGAAGCUUCUAAGUUACACCCUUUACCACUUUGCCCUGCGCAGCUGCAGGUAGGUCGAUGGAUAGGAUGGGACAAAUACUAGCUUCCUAUCUACUGCCAUAAAAUACCGAGUACCCGCCCUUUCCACAAUGAGCGCUCACCCCUUAAUUUUGUAACAUUUGGAAAAUAGACCAAAGACGUAUCUUCACAUAUUGUUGACCUAAGAGGCGCCCAUCCCCUAGUUUUACGUUAUUAUCUCAAAAUUUUGAGUAGGCGCUCGCUCGAAAUAUUACGAAACCUUCAGAAGUUUAUUGAUCUUAAGGUUUCGACUUUCUAUCGAAGCAACACUUUUUUGCCAUUUUCGUCAUUGAACAAAUUAUUAUUGCCAAUGGCAAUGGUGCCAACCCAGCUGAAGAAAUAUAAAUUGGUACAAGCCCAUUCUUUUGAAUCUAGCACAUAUUUCCACCCCUGUAUUUUUUUUUUUUUUUUUUCUUAUAAAAGACAUUGCAAAAUUAAGCUCUGGGUUUUGGAAAAUUAGGAAUCGAAGAAAAAUAAACUCCGAAAAACACCCUUCGAAUUUGGCAAAAAAUAAACCCUAAAAACAUGGAAUCACACAUAUAAUGUGUACACCGGAAAAUAUGGUAUGUACAGAGUGAGCUCUAAAUGUGCGAGGGAAGAGAAAGUCGCCGUACUACUAUACCGUAAAGUAUUCAAGUGCCUAAUUGGCACUUGAAUGUAAUCUUGCAAAAACUGGGGGACUGUGCUUUUUAUGCCUCCUAGUAAAAAUGCAGGAGUGCAUGGUAGGGUGGGCUUUGCCUCUUUGCAUCUGGGUGCUUGGAGAAGCAGCUGAAGAAGAGCGCCUCGGUUAGCUAGGUGAGCUCUGAAGAUUCUGUUACAGAGGGUUGUGACUAUAACCAUAUGUUACCAAACCUUUAAUAAGCUUCUGUUACUGACAGGAUUUUCACCAGAAAAUAUAAAAACAGUACAGCUAUUAUGUUUUCAUAACUUGUAAUUACACUUGGUGACUUCUGUUGCAGUAGCAACAAUAUCGCUGCUUGUUGCAAUCAUCCCCAUAGUACUUGCCACUUUCAUUAAAUGUGCAGAUGUUGCAAUUGAGCACCCUCAGCCAUGCUUUUCUUGAGGAGUGUGGAUGAAGUUGUGUAGUGACUCUUUCGAAAUUAUAUCAAAUUUUCGAAAGCAUGUGUGUAACAUGUCUUCGAUAUUUGAUAGUUAUACCUCAUUGCUGUAUUCACCAAAUUGCCUGUAGUCUGUUUUUUCUCAACGGAAUCACAAGCAUUUCUUGAAUUGUGUAAUGUUUUGUAGAAUGGUCAUUAUGUAACUAUCUUGGGCUGCUGAACUUUAGGGGGCAGAGGUUUUGUCAGGCACCACACCUUUGUCUCUGCCCCUGUGCGGUAAACCUGCAAAACAAAUGAAGAAAAAAAAAAUUGUUACGCUUACCUUUUGGAAAUGCCUCCAGCUCAUUACCCCAACUGUUGACUUGCAAAAUCUAUGGUAGAGAUAUCGCUUAGGUUUAUGGUGUGUGGUUUUUAUAAUUCGUUUUGUGGGACAUAUUUUAGCACAACUGCUUUCUUUAUUGGCGUAAAUUUAGGCACAUUUCUGUGCUCCUUUGAUUCGUCCUCCGAGAGGUUGAGGGCACAUGGUUGUGCGACAUUAGCAUUCUCCCUUAUCUAAGAGUGUUUUGUUUUCCAGCAUUCCUGUUUUUUUCAAGCUGUAUUGAUGACACUUUUUUAUGCUGGUCUGUGUAGGCUGCUUUUUUAUGCAAAAUAUACCUGUGCCUAUAAAGAAGUGCCGACUUUAAACAUUUUUGCUUGAGAUCUGCCAAACUUCAAAUUGUGUUUCAGGAAGGCUUGCAGUUACCCUCUUUCCUUUGCACUUACCAGUGGGAGAGAAGGAGUAGAGGCAGCAUACAGGGGAUAUCAAGGAAAGGACUUCGAAGCUGUGGAUAUUGUUAAUGCCUGGUAACUUGAAGUCUCCGCUCUACAACCUUGUCCCGAUGACGUCAAGUCAACAAGUGAACAGUUGCACAGGUGAAUCAUCGUGUGAGCUGCGCAUCUCAUUCCACAUGCCUCAAAACGGUUUGCGGUCGACUCCUCAACUCCUUGCGGAAGCUAUUCCUCAGGCGAUUUCUCAAAUGGCUCCUCAAGCAUGCCCUCAACCAUGUGCUCAACCAGUCCCUCAACUGACCCCUCAGUUGCCUCGACAGACUGCUCAACAGUCUCCUUCAGGAAUGCCUCAACCGUCUGCUCAGCCUGUGCAUCAAUCAGUCCCACAGCCUGUUGCUCCUCUGCUGACUCCUGAACCAAUGCCUCAACCUCUGCUGGAGGCUCAACCGGCUGGUCUCCACUUGUUUGGUCCUCAACCAGUUGGUCCUCAACCGGAUGCUCCUCAACUGCCGCUGCGGACGAUGGAAGAGUUUCGACGGUGCGAACGCGCUCUCCACAGCGAAUCAGCACAUGCAAACAUGCUGGCACGGCUGUCGUCGCUGGGUGGCAACUCGCUCAAGGACACGACCCGGAUCAUCAUGGAGCGUACACUGAGGAAGGACGUCCAGUGCAGGUUCAGCCUUCUUGGACGGAGGCCGCCCAAGCUGGCCUUCAGGGGCACCAGGCUAUGCACUGCCAUCAUCGCUGCGGUGCGGGCCCGCACGAAGAUGGACAUUGUGGACAUUGAACGCUGCAUCAGCAGGUACCUGGCUGGCGCAGCAGAUCGCGAAGGAGGCCGGCGCCAGCGCCACGACAAAUAAAUGGAGACGCGAUCCUCGGUUGGACAGCUGGUUCUUGCAGCGGUUUUUGGAACUUGCACCCGUGACCCAAGUACUUGAAAGACAUCAUUCCGGUAUCGAAAUGAGGAGACUGGGCUACGAAUGUGGCUCCCCAAAAAAAUGCUACCUCAAGAACAAAUAUUUGUGUUUGGGCUAAAAAUAUACCUAUGAUGCAGAUAAAAAUAUUUUUUUUCCAAACCCGGAGAAAAUUGUUUUGGGGGUUAUUACCGGGGUCCAUCGGUAUUUAUCGAGAACAUGGAACCCCAAUUAUAAUCUCGAGCUCGAGCUUGCACGAAGCCUCGUCGAAACCACCAUGGGUUCGGCCAGCCUAGGCCUUCAUGGAAAUCUAGAUGCCGGCAACAAGGGCUUAACAAAAGGAUC